AUGACGAAUGGCGACAUUGCGUCGAAGCUCGACCUGACCGACGGAGCGCUACCCGCGGUACCUGGCAUCGCAGCCCUCUUCCUGGUCAAGUUCGACCACCGCAAAGGCUAUGUCCUAGCAUGGCACAAAGCGCUCGAUGGCGUCCAAGUUGAAGAUGCCGUCGAGUUCAAGUCCCUUCCUUCUGGCCUACAUAACAUACAACAGGACCUAGUGUACUUUGUUCAAGAUCAGUACGCUGGUAUCAGCGCAUACAUCAACCGUCCAGAUGAGACGUCGGAACGUAAUGCCAGUAUGCUGGCCGUCGGGGUACUGGUCCUUCUGGAGCACGGCCGCAUUGGCAAGGGAUGGCUUCACGCAGAGGGCCUCGAGUCGUUAUCGAGACAGUGCAUGGACAGUCCGAGCGACAAUGGUCCGCUCGAGCAAUACUGGGAUGAGCACAGGUUGGACGACUCAUACGAAGUGGACGUACACACUCCACGAUCUCCUGAAGCAUCGACAGAUAGCCUCAAUAUCAGUAAGACUCGAGACAGCAACACAAAUGGCUACCAAGGCCACCGAUCUAUGAGCACCACCUCUGUUGGGAUCGUCGGCAGUCAUGCCUUCACACCACAUCAUCCAGCAGCUCGCCUGAUGGAAACGCUACAGCUGUUCGGACCACUGCUUUUCCCGCUGUAUCGCGCUGCCUUGCUCCGGAAACGCAUUCUAUUGAUCUCGGAAGCGCCGAUUGAAUUGGCUUGCAACAUAGUCUACAAUCUAUCGAUCCUUGCCUCGUUUCCUCGAAGUCUUUCAGAUUACGUCAAUGCUCCUAGAUCGGCCAGACGGAGCUCUCAGCCAUUGUUCAAUGUUGGCGUGCACGAUAUUCCGAAACUUGCAGAUAUGAAGGGCUGGAUAGCCUGCACGACAGACGACGUCUUGGCCAGCAAGCCAGAGUUGUUCGAUGUCGUGGUGUUCCUGCCGGGUAUGAAUGCAAAACAGGCGUCCAGAAAGAAAUAUCCGAAAAUACUACUCUCGAGCCCAGAACUGCUCAAGACUUUUCCCAAGCAUGGAGCGAGAGGUACACAGCGGGAUGCUAUCAGGUACCAGACUUUGAUGAGAAGGUUGAAGAAAUUUCCUGCAAGCACAAUCACAAAUCCAGAACCGACCCAAAUACCGAUGCCACCGGAAGGACCGGCGGAAGAUGCUGCAUCAGUGCUGUCUUCAUCGACGAUCGAGUUACGGAAGGAAGUGGUUGAGUCGCCUUCGUGGGGACAAGUCGCAUACACGAGUCUACUCUGGUGGGCAAGUGCUGGUGCAAGGAGAGAUGGCUUGUCGGAAGAGGAGCAGGAUGAGCAAGACCAAGACGAGCAGCUAUUGGGCGCAGAGGGCGACGAGGAUCUCACGAAAGAGGUUGCUAUGAUCGGCUACUUCAGACGACUCACGGGUGUCAUGGUGUCGGUAGUCAGUCAGCUCGUGGGCAGGACAGAUGAUGAUGAGGAUGAGGACGAUGAGCCGUUGGAAGAUGGAAGUGAUGAUCAGCAGCCACUACGAGCCGAAGCUGAUGAUGACGAAGUUGUGGAAGUAACGCCCGAAGACAUGUCGUCUAUGGCACUGGAUGUCUGGUCAGACUCUGACAAGACGUUUGUCGAGGAGUUCGUGCAGCUCUACUGGCAGAGAGAGGCCAAGGUCAGGGGAGGGCGAGUCGAGUGUUGCGGUGUGAGAAUUUUGUAA